GGCCGCGCCGGAGAGGCCACGCACCUCCCACCACCACCUGAUCGUGGAGGGGAGGUCCCCGCUGGAAGCUGGAAGCACGCCGAGGCUCCAGGAGUCCGCCGCACACGGGGAUGACCCGACCUUGCCGACCGGCCGGCGAGCAGUGCGAGAGUGUCGGGCGUCGCGGCUGGUCCAGCGCCCAGAGAGCAGCGUGCGGGUCAUCGAGUGCUCCCGGGUCGGCAUGGCGCGCGUCCGCCUCGUGCUGGCGCUGCUGGCGGUGCUGGCCGCCUCCGUCGAGUGUCAACAGCUGGACGGGCUCGCCGCCGCCGCGGCCCAGCUUCGCUCGCAGCUGUUCACGGUGUUCACGGGCUCGUCGGGCGCGCGGGCCGUCCUGCGCCGCCAGCUGGAGUCCGCCCGCGGCCGGCUGCGCAGGUCGCCGCCCGUCCCGGAGCCGCCGCCCAGCACGACGGCGUUGUGCAAGCAAAACGGUCACUCGGGCUGCGAGCGGCACGAGGUGGCCACCCAGGACGGCUACCUCCUCACCGUCGUGCGGAUUCCCGCCAGCCCCGGGGCCACGCCCGUGCUCCUGCUGCACGGUGACCUGGCGUCCUCCGACUCCUGGAUGAUGCGAAAGGACAACUCCAACCUGGGGACGGUGCUGCACGAGGCCGGGUACGACGUGUGGCUGGGCAACGUGCGCGGCAGCACGCACUCGCGCGCCCACCGCACCCUCAACUCGAGCGACCCGGCCUUCUGGGAGUGGAGCUGGCACGAGAUGGGCAUGUACGACGUGCCCGCCAUGGUGGACCACGUGCUGGCGCGCACCGGCGCCGCCUCCCUGCACCUCAUCGGCCACUCCAUGGCCACCUCGUCCAUCCUGGUGUUCCUGGGCGAGCGGCCCGAGUACAACGCCAAGGUGCGCCUCUCCAGCCUCAUGUCGCCGUCCAUCCGGCUGCGCAGGGGCAUCAUCCGCACCACCUUCACCCUGGCCUCGGACGGCCGCGUGCGCGACGGGCUGCAGAGCUACCUCACGCGCAAUCAGUUCCACGAGAUCUGGCCGCGCUCGGACCUGCUGCACUACAUCGGGGACAUCUUCUGCAUGGACGACUCGCCGUUCAUCAACAUGUGCUACGCCAUGUACGAGGAGGUGCUGGGGAAGGGCCGCGCCGACCAGCGGCUGCCGGACUACUUGGCGACCUUCGGGGCGUACCAUCCAGGGGGAACCAGUUUCAGGUGCAUCAAGCACUUUGGCGCGACGAGCCAGAGCGGUCGCUUCCGUCCGCUAGCCAGCCCCAACGACCCGAACCCCCGCGACUACAAUCUCACCGCCAUCUCUUCGCCCGUGGCGCUCUACUACUCGGCAAACGACGGCAUCAUCGACCCCAAGGACGUCGACCGCCUGGCGCGAAUUCUGCCCAAGCUGCACGAGAAACACGAGGUGCCGCUCAAGCAGUUCAACCACGUCGACUUUAUGUGGGCGAAGGACGUGCGGAGCCUUGUCUACCAGAGGCUGGUCCGGAACAUGAAAGAGGUGGACGCGAAGGUGGUGGCCACCCAGGAGAGGACGGCGAACAAUAUCAUUCGCUGACGUGCGGGUAAUUUAUCAAAAGUCUGAACCAAUGUAACAUUUACUUACAUUUAUUUGUGUGCCUAUGUUAGUGGCUAAGUUUAAGGCUGUGCUUCACAAUCGUAAAUUCACAAUCAUAAUCUCUCAUCAUCAUGCAACUUAAGACUAAAAACGCCCCCGGACUUAUUUUGUUACGAUGCUUUUUCUCCAGUCGGGCGUAUCGUCAACUCAGAGAUCUGCAACAUGAAAUGUUUCAAAUAUAUACAUUGUUGAAAAGUAA